UCCUGUUUGUGUUUCAGAUGUGAAGCAAGCAAGGCCCAGGAGACAGUGGUGUUUCAAUGUGGUCAUUGUUUACCUCAUUUUACAGACCGCUCUUAAUGCCUUUCUCAUUUAUAAAGUUUUCACUGUGGAAUCUUCAGUGUCAGAGCCCCGGCUGGAAAGGCUGAUGUCGAGACUCCCUCUGGUUGGAGAAACCUUCCAGACUCGACUCUACAACAACAGUCGAGACACGGAGACCCUGAGGGGCCUUCUGUGGGCCCUGAAGAGCCAGGUGAGCAGGCUGUGUGGAGAGCAGGGUCCGCUGGAGAGACUGCAGGCUGGGCUGAUCCUGCUCAACAGCAGCACACACACCCUGGAGCGCCACGUGAACAGCAUCAGCCUCCAACCAGGACCUCCUGGUUCUCCAGGUAGAGAGGGGCUUCAAGGACCUCAAGGUGUGCCAGGAGAGAGAGGCCUCAAAGGUGACAGUGGUGUUGCUGGCCCUCUAGGACCUAAGGGUGAAAUGGGACUCAAGGGCCAACCUGGAGAGCCUGGAGUUGAUGGUCAAAUUGGUGAGUUUCAUAAUAAUUAUUU